AUGAUUAGAUCAUCUUUAAUCUCAACAUUAUUAUUUUCAUUAUGCACUGCUAAUUAUUGCAAUAAUGACAAGAAGACAUUCACUGCCGAAUUUCGUGUUCAACAGUUCGAUCGUUCACCAGAUGGUUUUAAACGUUCACUUUUGAGCAUUAACAAUGAGUUUCCAGCUCCAAUAAUUAACGUAUGUAAAGGUGAUACAAUUAACAUAACAGUCGUGAAUAUGCUCCAUGUGCCAAUUAGUAUUCAUUGGCAUGGAAUAUUUCAGAUCGGUACACUUACAUCUGACGGGGUGCCCGGAGUAACACAAUGUGCUAUACCAUCAAAUCAAAAAUAUCAUUAUAAAUUUCAGACAGGAAUUCAGACUGGUACGUAUUGGUAUCAUUCACAUGCUUCUGUUCAAUAUAUUGAUGGACUAAAAAGUGCAUUGAUCAUCCACGAUCCUAAAGAUCCAUGGAAAAGCCAUUACGAUGAGGAAGAGAUUUUUAUGUUAUCUGAUUGGUAUCAUAAACAAGCAUUAACUUUACAAAAAUAUUAUCUUUCAAAAUCGAGUGAUGGCAAUGAACCAGUACCUGAUACGGGAUUGAUUAAUGGAAUCGGUCAAUAUAACUGCGCUGUUAAGAAAUGUCAGUAUUAUAAUGCUCCUAUUAAAAUUGGAACAACAAAACGAUUUCGAAUUAUAAACACAUCAGCAUUUGCUGUUUUUCUAUUUACAAUUGAAGGACAUACAAUGAAAGUAAUCGAAGCAGAUGGUACCAAUUUAAAUGGUAAAACAACUGUUAACGGAAUUCGUAUAAAUGCCGGACAGCGAUAUUCUGUUUUGGUUAAAGGAAAAACUAAGACAAAUCAAAACUAUUGGAUUCGAGCUAUAAUCGAUCCAGAUACUAUGGACCAUGCGUCGUUCAAACCAAAUGUUAGUGCCAUUCUAUCCUACAAUGGUAAAUACGGUCUCCCUUCAGAAGUGCAGUUCAAUAAAAAUGAUGGAAUUAUAUUGGAUUCAUUUCAUGAAGGCAAUAACUUCCUUGAUCAAAAUUCACUUCAACCAAUGGAAUUAAAUGUACCCAAAAAAAGCAAUAAAACUGUGAAAGUAGAAAUUGAAUUUUAUGAUAAUAAAAAUGGUGUCAAUUUGGCACAUUUUAAUAAUAUUAGCUUUGUUCAUGUAAUGGGUACAACUUUAUUGUCUAUCGUUCAAACGAAUCAACCAUACCCAAAAUCAAAUAAUGUUAUUUCAAUUAAUUAUGGUGAUAUUAUUGACAUCAUCAUCAAUAAUCACGACGACGGGGAACAUCCAAUCCAUUUACAUGGACACAAAUUUUGGAUAAUUGCAAACGGAAAUACGCACGAUGGUGACUUUAAUGAGAAAAAAGUUGUUUUUAAUACUAGAAAUCCAUUGAAACGAGAUACAGUAUCUCUUAAUCCACAUAGUUAUGCGGUAUUACGUUUUGUAGCGGAUAAUCCUGGAAUAUGGAUAUUUCAUUGUCAUAUCGAUUGGCAUUUACAAGCUGGUUUAGCACUUAUUUUUGUUGAAUCAGCUCAACGUGUUCAAAAACUCUAUGGAACAACUAAAAGUCUUAAUAAGUGUACAAGCAAUAAUUAUUAA